AUGACCGCCGAUUUAAUGGAUUUACGAAUGCACCACCACCUCGCGCUGCAGACGGAGUUCUACCGGAUGCAGAUGCAGCGUUUACCAGAUCCAUACCCGGCGAUGCUGCCAGUUCCGCCACCAAGACAACUGAUGAUACCGCCACGCUACAACACCCUGCCGGAUGUGGACAUCAAGCUGCAGAACCGCGACCUCUGGAGCCAGUUCCACAAGAUCGGUACCGAGAUGAUCAUCACGAAGAGUGGCCGCCGCAUGUUCCCGUCGAUGCGCCUGUCCGUGAAUGGGCUGGAAGCGGAAGAGAACUACUUUAUCCUGCUGGAGAUGGUGCCGGUUAGCGAUUGUCGGUUCAAAUUCAGCGGCUCCCAGUGGGUGCCGGCUGGUGGUGCUGAACCUCAGAGCCCUCAGCGGAUCUAUUUCCACCCGGAUGGGCCGGCCCUUGGGUCUCACUGGACCUCGCAACCGAUCGUCUUUAAUAAGGUGAAGCUCACCAACAACACGCUCGACAGUAAUGGCCAUAUCGUCCUUACGAGCAUGCACAAAUAUCAGCCUCGAAUCCACGUGAUCAAAGCCACCGAUGCCACGCAGAUUCCGUGGGCACCGCAGCAAGCUUUCACCUUCCCGGAGACGGAGUUCGUUGCCGUGACCGCCUAUCAGAACGAUCGCAUCACGAAGCUGAAGAUCGACAACAACCCGUUUGCGAAGGGCUUCCGGGAAACCGGUCAGUCGCGGUGCAAGCGUAAAGCCGGUCUGCUCAUGUCACCCGACUCCGGUCUCGGAAGUCGCAGCUCGGAAGAGGACGAUGAAUCGGAUGGACCGGAAAUGGCUCCAGACGCGAAAAGACCUCGCACCAGCAGCCUGGCUGGGUCACUUUCAUCCCUCGACGAUAGCGAACUGUCCGUCAGUGAUGGUUCCUCGAGCGGAACCAGCUCACCGGUGGUUGUGGAUGACUUCGGAUCACCUUUAAGACCUUCUCCCUCAUCCUCCCUGGGGUCAGUGGCCAGCGCGUUUUAUCCACCCCAUCACGGAGGGAUGCACGCUGGAUUGCUAGGGGUGGCACAUGGUCAUCAUCAUCAACCGCAUCCGCUUGGUCAUCCGAUGCUCGCUCAACCCGGUACCGGUGCCUCAUGGAUGGACCUUAUGUUUCCACCCUUCACACGCCCCCAAACAUCCACCUCCCCGAGUUCCCUCGAGCCGAGUGUGCUCGUACAGGCGGCUCAACAACUGCAACAGUUCGCGCGCCGCGAAUUCCUACCAGUCCUGGCAAUCCCAGCGCCCCUACGGACACCCACCGAAGAGGACAGCACCGGACAUCAGCUUGCGGCUCGUAAGCAACACCCCCAGACACAGCUACCCUUCAGCAUCUCGGCCAUCCUGGGCCACGAUCGGUAA